AUGAAGUCCCUGGCGUCCAGAUUGUCACUCUGCGUAGGUUUUACGGUGGGAUUCGUUAUGCUUUACCUGUUUCUACGGGAAGUAGGCUACGACAAGACUUUUUCUGUGCAACCAGUCCGAAAAUUGGUUGAACACCACGACCACCAAGAUGAACAGAGGUGGAAGAAAGAGAGAUUUGCCCUCUUCAAUCUCAAACACCCUCAUCAUACAGAUGAGGACAGCAGAAUGGCAGAUGAGCUUUACAAAAAAGUACGUGUUCUCUGCUGGGUGAUGACUGGACCCAAUAACUUGGCGACAAAGGCUCGCUACGUGAAGGACACAUGGAGUCGGCAUUGCAACAUUGUCAUCUUUAUGAGCUCUGUGGACGAUCCAAACUUCCCAACUGUGGGCUUGGACACAAAAGAGGGCCGCGAUCAGCUUUACUGGAAAACCAUCAGAGCUUUCCAAUACGUCUACGAGCAUCAUGGAAAUGAAGCCGACUGGUUCCUAAAGGCCGACGACGACACCUUCGUAAUGGUGGACAAUCUGCGUUGGGUCCUUGCAAACCAUACCCCAGAAGAACCCAUUUAUUUCGGUCGAAGAUUCAAGCCCUUUGCUAAGCAGGGCUACAUGAGCGGUGGUGCGGGGUACGUGCUGAGUAAAGAGGCUCUGCGACGAUAUGUGAAAGCAUUUGAAAAAAAAGAGUGUGCUCACACCAGCUCGGUGGAGGACCUAGCAAUUGGCCAGUGCUUGGAGAAAAUUGGGGUGCUGGCAGGAGACUCCAGAGACACUGUCCAACGGGAAACAUUUCAUCCCUUUGUCCCUGAGCAGCAUCUCACUGCUGUUUUUCCCAAGAGCUUCUGGUAUUGGAGUUAUUGCUACUACCCAAUCUCACAGGGUCCAAACUGCUGCUCGGACAUGUCUGUGUCCUUCCACUAUAUGUACGACAGCAACAUGUAUUUACUGGAGUACUACACUUAUCACUUGCGUGCCUUUGGCUACAGAUACCGUUACCAGCCUCCGGCCCCACUCGGCUACUCCUAUGAGUCGUUAAAAUCCAAGGAUGCUGCUGCUGCUCCUGAAGAAAAGAGCAACGAUUUUUCUCAGGAAAAGGGAGAAAAAGAAACUGCACUUAGUGGAAAGAAAUCAGGUGAUUCUCUACCUUCAGCAGCCAAACAACAGUAA